CCAAACCUCAAACUCACUCAUUCAAUUGCGGGCAUAACUUAAUGUCAUCAAUCAUGUUCGCUCCAACACGACACACUCGUAUACUACAGCACCCAGUACGCUCUGCUGUCAUGUCUUGUAAAGCAACCUCACAAUCACACAUUCAAACCUCACGCUUCUCAUCCUCACCUUCCUCCUCCCAAUCAUCCUCUCCUCCCUCGCCCCCCUCCACCCCCCAAACAAUCUUCUCCGGCAUCCAACCCACCGGCAUCCCCCACCUAGGCAACUACCUCGGCGCGCUACGGACCUGGGUCUCCCUCCAAGACACCUCCGCUGCAAGCACCAACCUCUUUUUCUCCGUCGUCGACCUCCAUGCUAUUACGUUGUUUCAGAGACCAGAGGAUCUGAGGAGGUGGAGGCGCGAGGCGCUGGCGAGUCUGUUGGCGUGUGGGGUUAGGGAGGAGAGGUGUACGGUCUUUUGGCAGGGGCAGGUAGCAGCUCACUCCGAGCUAAUGUGGAUUCUCAGCUGUACAGCUAGCAUGGGAUACCUCUCACGGAUGACACAGUGGAAGAGCAAGUUAUCGCUAUCGGAUAACACGUCACCGUUGGAUGAGAGUAGCAAGUCGAAACUUAAGUUGGGCUUGUUCUCGUAUCCUGUGUUGCAGGCCGCGGAUAUUUUGGUGCAUAGAGCAACACACGUACCAGUUGGGGAAGACCAGAGCCAACAUUUAGAAUUCGCUCGCGAAUGCGUCACGAAUUUCAACCAUACAUACGGCUGUUCUCAUCUAGUCACUCCACAAACUAUUCUCUCCCCAACAAAACGCAUAAUGUCCCUCACCUCCCCCACCACCAAAAUGUCCAAAUCCGCCCCCUCCCCCCUCUCCCGCAUCCUCAUAACCGACACCCCCACCACUAUCUCCCAAAAGAUCUCCUCCGCUUUAACCGACUCCCAAAACCUCGUAACCUGGGACCCCGUCUCCCGCCCCGGCGUCUCCAACCUCCUCACGCUCCUCUCGUCUUUUGACGAGCAUGGACGAAGUCCGCAGGAACUUGGAGAGAAGUUUGAGAAAGAGGGGAUGGGUUUGGGUGUGUUCAAGAAGAUGGUGGGAGAGGCGGUGGGUGAGGGGUUGAGUGGGGUGAGGGGGAGGUUUGAGGAGGUCAUGAGGGAGGAGGGAUAUGUGGAGGAGGUUGCGAUGAGGGGGGCGAAGAGGGCGAGGGAGAGUGCGGAGGAGACUAUGGUGCUUGUUAGGGAGGCGGUAGGGCUGUAAGGGUGUAAGUUAGCGAGAGAUUGGACGGCAAUGACAAGGGAAAGGGGUGAGUGUAUAUUAUAUGUAUCUGAUGUGUAUAAAUAGUGUAUUAUAUUAGAUAGUCUAUAUGGCCUAGUGGGCGGUUGGAAUAUCCAGUCCCUGCUCCUGCCAGUAGCUCUUUUUAUAUGCAUCUCACUCCAAAGCAUUAGUGGAGUCUUCGACUGUAUCUCGC